AUGGCACGAGAAAGUACAUCUAGGGGAAAGCAAGAAUUUCUUCAAGAUAUUGCCAAUUACGAGAAGUUGCUACAAAAUGCUAAUCUCGAGGCAGACAUUCCUCCUCGAAGAGCCAUGAGAGCAAAGUCUCUGAAACCCGUCAUAAAGGUGAAAAGAGCCGCCAAGCCAACUGCUCUCUCCAAGAAAUACCUCCAGAAAAUAAAGAAAAGUCCAUACCUAGCGAGACCGACGUACAAUGGUAAGCCGCAGAUAAAGCUCAUGGAGCCAACGGCUCCAGCAAGAAGACAAACCCGAAGCGUCAAGAAACGCCAGCAAUUCGAGGAGUCGAAGCCAUUGCAGAAUAAAUUCGAACUUCCGGAAAGAAAGAAGAGGAGUGCUUUAUGGGAGAGUGUUGCUAACGUUGAUAGCGAGAAAAUGAGUUUCGACCACUCAAUCAUGACCACCAAUACCUACGAGUCUCUUAUUCGUACUAUUCGUGAAAAGGCAGAAGACAUCGAUUUCGGUCUUCUGUGCAAGUUUCUUCCGAAAAAUCUAGAGGCUGAGAAACAGAGGUUUCAUAUAGACUUCGAAGCCGAUCAAGGUCAUAUCUAUCCGAGAGGACGAUUGUUCAGCGACGAUAUCGAUUAUUUCUUCAAGCAGUUGAGCGACUCAAUUCCUUCAAAUGGUACCGAUACAAUUCCUCUUAUAUAA